UGGAGCCAGCAUCACAGAUCCUCAGCGUCACAUCAACCCAUAUAAAAGACGUACUCUCCACUUCAGCCACAACAGAUGAAAAGAGCUGCCUGAGCUGGCACUGCAAUGUAAGUCUGUUUAAUGUAAUGUCUUCAAAGGGACUUAACUUCAGUUUUUAUUUUAAAAGGUUGGUGGAUGAAGAAUCCUUUUUUUUCAAGACUACAUCUUUUUUUUUUAAUGACCUGACAAGGGAAACUGGGAAUAAAUUGAAAUUCCUUUCAUUCUUCUUUUUGUCUUUUUAAUAUAAAAGAAGCAUUUCUCUUAAUUUUUCUCUCUGCGUGCUUUUUCUCACCGACUGAAGCACAGAUUUCUUUUCACAAUUCCUUCCCAUGAACAAAAUGAAAAGACUCAAUUCUCUGAUGCUGUGUUCUUGAAUGGAUGAUAUUAAUAGACUGCUGGCAAGUACAGCUUCCAGACAUCCUAAAAGAACGCUGUUCAGACAAUAUCAUCGACACCACAGCUCAUCCUGAUGGGUUGUCUUAACUCCACCAGCGGAAAUGAGACUUUUCCUGGCAAGCAGCCUUAUACUGUGCAGAACGCUGUGCCUCUAACGAUCCUGGUUUGUAUCCUCAUCCUGCUAAUUGUGUUUGGAAAUGUCAUGGUAGUAAUUGCUGUGAUCACAAGCCGAGCGCUGAAAGCACCUCAGAACUUGUUUUUAGUCUCUCUGGCGUGUGCAGACAUCCUUGUGGCCACCCUAGUGAUGCCAUUCUCUUUAGCGAACGAACUGAUGGGUUACUGGUACUUCGGUAAAGUAUGGUGUGAAAUUUACCUUGCUCUGGAUGUGCUCUUCUGCACCUCUUCAAUCGUUCACCUGUGUGCCAUCAGCCUGGACAGAUACUGGUCCGUCACUCAAGCGAUUGAGUACAACCUGAGGCGGACGCCUCGCCGGAUUAAAUGCACAGUCUUCAUAGUGUGGGUUCUGGCGGCUAUCAUUUCAUUCCCACCGCUCAUCACAAUGAAGAAGAAUGAUGGUAAAAAGGACUGCCCUGAAUGUAAAAUUAAUGAGGAGAAAUGGUACAUCAUAUUCUCCAGCACUGCCUCUUUCUUUGCACCCUGCGUCAUCAUGAUUACAGUUUACGUUAGAAUCUACCUGAUUGCCAAGAGAAGAACAAGAGAACCACCAGGUGAAAGGCAAAGGGAAUACAACAACCUGGAGAGAAAAGACAGAGAAGUGGAGGAGGUGGAGGGAGGAGCUGGUAGAGAGGUCAACGGGGUAGAAGUGGAGGAAGAACCUUCCUCGUCUGAUGGGAAUGACACCAUCCUGUGCUCCCGAAUGAAAAAGAGGGGUAUGAGACCAACCAAAGUGGCUCAGGUGAAGCCUGGAGAAACCUCUGUGAAGCCAGAGGCACAGCCCUGUGUGAAAGUGGGCCGGUGGAAAGAAAGGCAGUACAGAGAGAGGCGCUUCACAUUUGUUCUGGCAGUGGUCAUGGGAGUGUUUGUUCUCUGCUGGUUCCCCUUUUUCUUUACGUACACACUCACUGUUGUGUUUGGACCCAAAUAUGUCCCAGAGACAUUGUUCAAAAUGUUUUUCUGGCUUGGUUACUGCAAUAGCUCUCUUAAUCCUGUCAUAUACACUAUAUUCAAUAAAGACUUUAGGAGGUCUUUUAAAAAGAUUCUUUGUAAAAGGGACAGAAGAGGUUUAUAAAUACAUUUUUUAUGUAAGCAGUUCAAAAACAGCCCAUUUGGUUAUUGCCAUUCAGGUUCAUAUCAGUGUAAAUAUUACAUUAAAAUAUACUUAUUAAAUAUCUGAAAAAUGUGAAAUGUAACAUAUUUUGCUUUUGUGUUUUAACAUUUUGUGUGCUUCCAUAUCAGUAAAUGUUGGUUUUGUAUUAAAUCAUACAAAAAACAUCUAAUGAG